AGUGUGUGUGGAUGAUAUUCCGCCCGCCAUAGCCAUCCUAAGCGGAACGGAGAUCAACAAACGGAGCAGCACCAGUUGGGGGCAGGGGCCUCCGGGGCCGAAUCAAGUGAGCUCUCCCCGUCGGAGAGAGAGAGAGAGAGAGAGAGAGAGAGAGAGAGAGAGUAGCGCCUGAUGGUCUGGGUCAAGGCCUUCAAUCGCGAGGAGAAGGGAUAGAGAAGCCGUGCAGCAGUCUGAUGAUGAUGGUUGGUAAGGACUGCGGUGGUAUGGAGUGUGGGUUGAAUAGCGCGGCGAGUGCGGAUGAGGUUGAUAAAGUGAAAUAACGACCGAUCAGCGGGUUAACUCUGCAGCUAACACACACUGCCCACUUCCGAAAGAGGAGGGAGGUAUUUUUUUUCAGCCAUGCGUGCUUCCAUGACAUGUCUCAUGGGAGCACAGCAUUCGUCAAGAGCCCUUAGCUGAAGCUGCUGCCACUAUGGAGGAUCGUAGGGCGAGGUCUCUGAACGGAGUUUCGGGCAGCCUAGGAAGUUUGAAUUUUGACCUGGCACUUGUUCCAAGCCCGUCACCGACUGCUGCCUGGCAGAGAGAGAACGAAGAGUCCAGUGGAAGCGCAGAGUCAACUCUUCCGUCUAAUUGGAAGGUUGGUGUCUCAGGCAGUUCCAGCAUGAAGCGAGAGGCAUCGCUAGAGUGCAUGUCGAUAGCACAUGACGGAGGUGGAAGAGACAGCAAAAGGAGAAAGCUUUCAGGAAACAUCCCUGAAGACCUUCUUGAGUGCCCAGUCUGCUGGGACUUCAUGUUCAGUGGGCGGCCACGAUCGCCCGAGAGCUUGAUUUCUAACGAAUUGUCGCACGCUUAAAUUGUCGACACGGAAUCCUUUUUGCUUCUCCUUACUUCGUGGGGAUCCGGACGGCCAAGGUUUAGU